ACGAUUGAUGGCAUUUUUCGCAUUUUCUUUUCCCCACCUUGCCGGCUGCACACUUCCUUUUUACUCGCUCGUUCGCUCGAUUUACACAACUGCCGUUCGGUUUUUCUGUGCAAAUUUUCAGCGUGUAUUUCUCAACUAAAAUAUCAGACGUUAUCUAAAUAAUCACAAUGUCCGACGAAUCGUUUUAUGGUGUUACACUUUCUGGUCAAGAUAGCACGGUGACCUGGGAUGUACUCUCGAAUGAUGAAGAUUUUCCCCGUGGGCAGAGGCUUAUUAUUAAACAAAUCCUUCUGGGCGCUGAGGCGAAAGAAGACGAAUUUAACGUUGUUGAGGUUCACACUGUGAAGGACUCACUUAAAAUCCCCAUCGCUGUGUUAAAAGCUGGCGAAACACGCGCAGUAAAUCCCGAUGUGGAAUUCUUCGAAACAUCGGUGACAUUCAAGUUGAUAAAAGGCAGCGGACCAGUUUACAUUAUGGGACAAAACAUCAAGGACGACGUUGUCGACAUCGAGGAUGAAGAGACCGAUGAGGAGACUGGCGAGGAAGAAGAGGAAGAGGCACAACCACAAAAGAAGAAGCAAAAAGUGGAAAAUAAUUCAGAUAGCAAAAAUGCUAAAAAUAAGAAGAAAUAAACAAGUUUUUAGCUGUCACAAAAACAAAACAAAAACAAUCCUUACAUUCUUCAAAUUUAUAAUUGACUAAGCUAACUGCAUAAAAGAAAAAACAACAAGAAGAAAUAUCGAUUAUAUAAGUAUAAUUAUUUCAGUUCCUUUGUUAGGUAUCUUUAUUUUUUAUGCUUUGGAUCACUAAAUGAUUUCACUCCAGUCUCCAGUCUUCGGUCUCCGGUGACUCCAACAUAUUUAAAUAUAUAUAUAUAUAUGCAACUAAUAUUCCAAAGUACAUAAUGUACUUUGAUAAGAAAGUAUGAAUGAGCGCAUCAGUCGAUCAGAGUCUGUACCCAGCCGUUAUUUUUGCCAGACGAAUGCAAGAACUGACUCCACUUAAUCUCCCUCAACGUUCGACACUACUAGUUUUAGACAACGCAAGAAAGGCGUUUUAAUUAAAUGUUUAGGAAACCUACUAAAAAAAUUAGUUUACGCUGUUAAUAUAAAUAAAUCAGCGAUUUGGCAGGGAUGCUUUUCUAUAGGCACUGAGUAAUAACCAUUGAAACAUAAUUCCAUAUAUUCAACUUAUUCAAUAUUAAAUAUAAUACGUAAUUUGAAUGCAAA